AUGAUAUCGAACGAAGAAAUCUUAAAUUAUAGUGCCUUUCUAUCCAAUCGAGAUCGAAAUCAUUCGAAUGAUAUUGAUAAUGUCAAAAGUAGUGAUAAGAAGGCAGAUUGGUGGACCCCACGAGAUAAUCAUUCCGAAAUUAUUCAAAGGGAAAUCAGUGUUACAAAUAUACAAGCCGGAGUGAUUAUCGGUUUAAAUGCAUCGCAUAUCGAUCAAGUAAAACAAAACAUUAGAGCGGUAUGUCUAUAUCAAUGCCAACAUGAAAGAUCUCAAACGAACUGUGUUCAUCAAGGGAACACAUGA